AUGGAGCAGGUGCUUCCAUGGCUGCGGGAGUCAGUAGCGCCUCACUGUCUCACAGGGUUCCUGAAGAAGUUGGCACGAAGCCAUGGCAGCGAGGAGGCGUGCCGCCUCUUGGGAGCCCUGCAGGAGCGUCGAUUGGAAACCAACGUCAUUCACUACUCAUGCGUGAUGUCCGCCUGCGAUGCUGAGAGAAAUUGGCCCUUGGCACUCCAAUUGCUUCAAGAGAUGAGUCAAGGAGAACUGCAAGCAGAUGUCCUGGUCUACAAUCAUGCUGCACAUGCAGUGAGCAGUUCCAGCUGGCAACUGUCCGUGGAGGUGUUGGAGCGCGCACUUCAGGCUAAUGCCUGUGAUGAAAAGACCUUUGGCAUUAUAUUGGCUGCAGCUCCGCGCAGUGAACAAUGGCUGGAACGGAUGGAACGAGAAAGGAUUUGGCCUAAUACCAUUUGCUACAAUGCGGCAAUAAGUUCGUGUUCCGAUUGGCCGACUGCUUUGCAGCUCUUCUCCUCCAUGCAGUCAAAGAAUGUGCAGCCAGAUUUGCGCACCUGCAACGGUCUUCUGUCGAAGGUGCCCAGUCGAACGGCGGUGAACUUCUUCGAGGAGAUGUUUGCCCUCACUGUGACGCCAGAUGAGAUCUCCUACAAUUCGGCCAUCCACAACUCCGAGUGGCAGACAGCCGUGAGUUUGCUGGCUGACAUGGACUCUCGCUCGCUUCGCUUGAAUUUGCUGGCAGCGAGUAGCGCUGUGAACGCCUGCACACGUGCCAGUGAAUGGUGGACAGCGCUGCAGUUGGCGAACGACAUCUUCUUGGGGGAGAAAGGCCUCCGGCGCCUCCGGCCCGACCGGAUCGCGAUCACCGCCUUGCUCAGCGCAUGUGACAAGGGUGGUCAAUGGGCCUUGGUUUUGGAGCUCCUUGAAGAUGGAGACUCCUUAGACACGACCAGCCUGAGCAUUGCAAUGAAUGCCUUGACACAUCACGGGCAGUGGCAGCGUGCAUGCAAUUUGUUUCACCAGGCGAAGGAUCUGGACCGUGACCUCCGCUCCUAUACUGCUUUGGUGCAUGCGUGCGGCGAGGGUGCCCAAUGGGAAUCUGCAUGUGGGUUACUUGAAGAGGUAUCAAUGCCAGAUACCGUGAUGUUUAAUGCUGUGAUUGCUGCCUGCAGCUGGGAUGUUGCAAUUGGACUGAUCCAGAAGAUGAAGGCAGUUGGGUGCAAGAUGAAUUGUUUGACCUUCGGAGCCCUGACCUCUUCCGCGGCUUCCUCAAAGCAGUGGACUGUGGCCUUGUCGACUCUAUUGGAGAUGCAUUCCAAAGGAAUCGAAGCUGAUUUCAUGUGGAAGAAGACGAUGGCGAGCUUUGACUCCUCAACCUGGCCAAAAGCUUUGAAGUUGUUGCCUUUGGCUGAAAGCUACGGCACGGAGGGCGUGCAAUGGCUCUCAUCCCAUGUCCAGGCUUUGGAGUCGGCGGGACGGAGGUUGCCUUGGGAAAAGGCCUUAGCCUUUCUGGAGGAGCCGGCGACUUGGGGGUCGUCGCUUCCUAGCUUGGAGGCCUUCAAUGCUGUGAUUCAUCUCUUCGAGAAGGCUGGCGCUUGGGACGCAGCGCUCCGAGCCUUCUCAACGAUGCAGGACUUCUCGGUGGAGCCCAAUCGAGUGAGUGUGAACAGUGUCAUCAGCGCCUGUGAGAAGUCGCGACGUUGGCGUUGGGCUCUGAAGCUCCUUCAAGAGCUGCUGGAGGAUGGCAAUGCUGAUGAGGUCUCCUACAAUGCGGCCAUCAGUGCAUUGGAAAAGUCUGGGCAGUGGCAGUACACCUUGCUUCUGUUGGAGCAAAUGCUGUCACCCGACCAAAACGAGGUGUUGCCUGACCAGGUCAGCUUCAAUGCUGCCAUUGGCGCAUGUGCCAAGGAGGAACACUGGGAAGGCGCACUCUCGCUUUUCGCUCUUAUGCAGAGCCGACAGAUUCAGGCGGAUGAGAUCACCUACAACUGCCUGGCUAGUGCCUGUGAAGCGGACCGAUGGCAGUUCUCCCUGUUUUUCUUGUUGAACUCGACGGGAGUGGAGCGAGUGGAGCGUGGCGAGCUGCCCACCCGGAUCUCUCAGGACGUGGCAUCCCAAGCCGCAGAGCUGCUGAAGCUCGUGGAUCCUGGAGACUUUCAACUCCAGGCCUUAGCAUCUACCCUUUGGUCGCUCCGUUCAGCUCCCUGGACCGUUGCGCUCCGCAGCGAGCUACGCCGGCGCCUGCGCAGCGGCCCGCUGCGCGGGGCGCGCCAGGCACAUGGGGAGCUGCGGCGCUUGGGGCUGAGGCACCUGGCCACCUUGGGACAAGUCUUGGCAGCAGAGCACGACACAAAGGCGGAGGAGUUGGAUCUGCUGCGGAAAGAAAUGGCAUGGCGGAUGGAGACCUUUCCCAUGGAGUCCAUGUCCGACGUGGCGCUCAAAGACUUGGCGACCGCCGCGCUGGCACUUCUCUACGCCACCGAGUGUGCUGUGUCCGGCGCCGUGUCCAGCGCCGUGUCCGGCGGACGGCUGCGGGUGGCCUUGAGUGGCCGGACUAAGACACGGGUGGCCAGAGCUGGGGGUGAGUGGACAUGGAAGAACCAUGAAGAAGCUUGGCCCAGCUUGGCCUCUUCACAUGCACCAUGA